AUGAGUUUCCAAGAUAAGAUGACUUUAAAAAGAAGUUCUAGUACACUUGAUAAUGAUGAAUCAAAACGAAUAAAACUAGAGAAUGCUUCAAAUCUACAAAACACUGAUAAAGAUCUAUUAUUAAUACAGAAUGACAACAGAGCUAAUAAUAAUAGUUCAACAACUUCUCAAAAGCAAGCAGAUCAAGAUACAGCUAAAUUAAAUGAUGCAUUGGCUGCUGCUGGUGUUGAUAUUCAACAUGAAGAAGAAUUACUAUUUCAACAACAAUUGAAUAGAAAAACAACGUCUGGGGAUGGCGUUGCUUCAUUAUUGAAAGUUUCAAAACCACCAUCUUUCUUAAAUAAUUAUCAUUUAGCUGCAUUUAUGGGAAAAGUAGCUAAAGAAAAUGGAAUACAUCAAAAUUUUUUACAAGAUGGUGAAUUGUUAGAAUUAAUGAGUGCUGCUUGUGAAAAUUGGAUUGCAAAUAUGGCUACGAAAACUAUAAUAUUAUCAAAACAUAGAAGGAGAGGUAUUCCAAAUUUAAAUAAAAAAUUUUUAGGUAAUUUACCAAGAUCUGAAAUUUCAAAAGAAUUGAAAAAUUUAGCUCAAAAGCAAAAAGAUCUCGAGGAUAAAAGAGUUCAAAAGAGGAUAGCAUUAGGUCUAGAAAAAGGAUCAGCAGAUGACGAUGAUAAUAAUAGAGCUGGUGCUGAAGAAACUUUACAUAGAGCAGCAAAUGCAACUGCUGCAAUGAUGGCAUCAAAUCCAAAAAAGAAAUAUAGUUGGAUGACAAGUUCAGCUGGUGGUGAUACUGGUGGUGCUAAAAAUGGUAAUAGUGGAGAUAAAGAUAAAGGUAAACAAAGUCCAAUAAUAUCAAUUCGAGGUGAUAAUGGAUUAAGAUUUAGGGAAAUAAGAUCAACAAAUGCAGUAGUUUUAAAAGAUUUAUUAAGUGCAAUUGAAGGAGAAAAGAAAGGAGUAAAGAAUGCAAUUAUAAAAGGAUAUGCUAAAUUAAAAGAUUAA